AUUUGCCUUUGAGCAACAGUAUCGACUGACUUCACGAUGAAUUCUUAAAUGAACCGGGAGCCGCAGAAAGGAGUUUUUAUGCAGCUUCGGCAUGUGUGUUGCACAUGAGGGGCUUUGGCGUCGCUUAUUCCUGAGAUGAUAUUAAGUGUAGCAAAUGGGAUCCUCCAGAUAAGUACAGUGCAGCAUGGAUGGAGGAGUGGGUCUGCAGACAUCUGCCUUGCCUCUGACUCCGCCCAUGCCAGCAGAAGAGCCGCCUGCUUCGCCUCAGACUCCGCCCACGCCGACAGACGAGCCGCCUGCUUCGCCUCUGAUUCCGUCCACAACAACAGACGUGCCGCUUCCCUUGCCUCUGGUUCCGCCCACGACGCCGCCUCCUGCAUCUAAGGCGACAACGCCUGCUGCCUACACGCCAACCUCGCUUCUGGCUCCGCCCACGCCGGCUUCCACGUCUGCUGCUGCCACGCCUGCUUCGCCUCUGGCUCCGCCCACGCCGGCAGAAGAGCCGCCUGCCUUGCCUCUGACUCCACCCACACCGGCAGAGGAGCUGCCAGCUUCACCUUUGACUCCUCCCACGCCGGUAGGAGAGCCGCCUGCUCCGCCUCUGGUUCUGCCCAUGACAACGCCUCCUGCUCCUACGGCGACGACACCUGCUGCUUCUACGCCUGCCUCGCCUAUUGCUCCACCCACGCCGGCUUCCACGUCUGAUGUUUCCACGCCGACUACGACGUACCCACCUCCUCGUGUCUGGUGGGCUGCUCCAAGGCGCCGCCCACCUCCUCGUCUCUGGACUAUUCUUGGAAGCCUUUGGCGCCAACAGCAGCGACGCCCAGGACUUGGGUGCAGGACUCAAAGACUGCUGAGGUUCUGGCGCCAGUCUCGUCCGCCUCCUCAACAGCCACAGACAUGGCCGUUCUGAAGUCGCUUGCCUCGCCAAUUGUGGCGUCAAUCUACUCGCCACUGCCACCUGGCUUGUCCCCGGUGGCUUCGGGGACACAUGGCCUGGCGGCCCACCGCCAAGUCCUCCCUCCACCCUCCAAUUACUUUGAACUUAUUCUGUUUUUUUUUAGGGGAGGCAUGUCUAGCUUGGGACGUCUGGUAUCCGUCGC